CUCGAACCGUCCGUCAGAUUUACGUCUGUAUGUCAUGGUUUCUUGUGAACAGUCACAGUUUUGUUCUCGUUCUAUAAAAUAAUGUGCGUUGUCUUUAUUCCGGCGAAAGUGAGGGGUCGUUAGAUUUAUGUGCCCUGAACCUUCUGUGCUUCCCCAUGUCGUCUCUCUCUCUCUCUCUCCCUCUCUCCCUCCUUCUCCCCCUCUUUUGUUGUUACCAGUGAUCGCUGGCAAUGCUGCCAUAGCAACCAGGAAACACUCCAGUGUGUAUGCAUGUGUGUACGUGUGUUUGUGCGUGUGUGUGGGGUAGACACUAAACACCGAACGCUUGAGCUGGUCAGGAGCGCGGGACGCCGCAGGAACAGAGGUAUAGUCAGUUCCACGUUGCUGGUUGUAAGGUUUCUGUGGAUGAUCUGAUAUUCUGUAAUGAUGAGAGAGAGAGUGAGAGUAUGUGACUGAAAUUGUGUGUUGAGAUUUCCUCAAGUCUUUGGAUGAUGGUUGUGUGUUAGUGUUAGAGUUAGAAAUCUGAUUUUGCCGGGGUCAGUCGUGAUGGCCUCCAGUGGAGUAACUGCCCUCCUGCCCCCUGUGAAGAGCGUGGUGGUGUACAAGAAUGGAGAUCCCUUCUUCUCAGGUAGGAGGUUUAUCGUGAACCAGAGGCAGGUCUCCACUAUGGACUCUUUCCUGAACGACGUGACUCUCAGCAUCGGAGCGCCGCUGGCCGUGCGUACGCUCUACACGCCACGCUACGGGCACCGGGUACCCGAUCUGGAGCACCUCCAACAGGGGGCGCAGUACGUGGCUGCAGGGUUCGAGAAGUUCAAGAAACUUGAUUAUCUGAGUCUGGGGAUGAAGAGAGCUCCAGCGGCUCGGAUCGGAGACGGCAUGCAGGGUAAAGCGCUCAGCAGACCCAACGUUUCUGCGAAAUGGAGGAAGGUUGUAACUCUGCCCUGUAUUAUACACGUCUUUAGGAAUGGAGAUGUCCUCAGUCCCGCCAUGCGCUUCAUCAUCCCUCGGAGCCUUCUGAAGAACCUGGAGCAGAUUCUCAGCCUGGUCUCGGAGAAAGCUAUGCUGCGCACCGGCGCCGUGCGCAGGCUGUGCACUCUGGAUGGCAUGACGGUGACCUCGGCGGAAGAGCUGGAGAGCGGGCAGUGUUACGUCGCCAUCGGUGCCGAGCGCUUCAAAAAGCUGCCGUACUUGGAGGUCCUGCUGAACAAAGCGCCAGGAGGAAGUGCAGACAGACAUUACGUUGUGGACCGUGGUGUGCACAGGAGAGCCGAGAACCGGAAGUUUCCUCAAGACAGCAACAGUGACUCCGCCCUCCUUCACUCACCCGAGAGGGACGGCAGGCGCGUGAAGUCCACGGGAGACGAGGCCGAGCCGGAGGGAACGAAUCUGUCUCAGCCGCUGCAGAGGAGGAGAGAAGGAGGAGGGGAAAGGGAGGACGGCUCUGUAUUCUAUGCCAAUCCUGUCCGGGUGCGAAAACACAGACCCACUCUUAGAGCUGCCAGAAACACGGGCCAUGCGAGUGUGUUUAAGGGCGCAGGGAGGAGGAGAGAGGAGGUGCGAGGUGCUGAGGAGGUGGCCGAGGACAACAGUACGGCUGUGGAGCUUCCUGUGGAUCAGAGAGUUGCUGAGAUCGUUCAGGACGAGGAACUUGACCAGGGCCAACCAGAAACAGCGAAUCACAUGGAUCAGACAGGAGCACCUGAAGAGCGCAUGACCUCUUCCACACACUCCAGUCCGUCUCCUAGCAACAGAGAGCACAACAUGAAGGCGUAUGGGCUGUAUGAUGGAGAGACCUCGUUACCGGGAAGGAGCUCUUCGCCGAACGGGGAGACGGAAGCAGAGGAUGAGGACGAGGACCUGGAACACGAGCGUGGCCGAGAUGAUAAAGAUGGACGUCCUCAAGCAGCAGGCAACCCGGAGAUGCAGGACCACGCCCGUCCUCCCUCCUCAGUGUCACACCAGCGAGAGUGACCCAGGCGAAAGUAUACAUCAGAUACAGCCAUAAAUAAAUACCCCCUCUUCUGUACGGUGUAUAAGGCCUAGAUCUCCUGAGCAGUGUUCUCCAGACUGUUCCUAACACCAAGCAUGCUUGUGUGACUCUCCAGCCUGUUGUCUUACCGCUACAUCAUGUAGAGUUUACAGUUUGUGAAGGUUUUUAAUUAAAUGUCUGUGACCCGUGUCAUGUGAUAAUGUACGCUAACGAGAUACUGUUAGCCACUACGGUGCAUGAUGAACUCAGCGUCUUUUACUAAAGAGACAAAAAUCCUCACUCUCCGUUACGAAUUACGUCGUGAACGUGUCAAUCUGGAUAUCUGAUUAGAUUUGGCAACGUGUGCUCCAAAAUUAUUGCCAUCCUUUGAUAGAAUGCACUGGAAUAAUUUUCGAGAGACUGUUUACCAAUUUUUUUUAAUACAAUGAGUAUUAUGUUAGAAAGGCGACUCCAAGAUAUUGAUAAAUAAUAUAAAUAAUGAUAAAAUUGUGAAAAAUUUCGGGUCCGAUGAAAUAGGAACUUAUUUUAAUAUAAAGCAUUUUCUGUCAAGAAAUUGGGCAAAAUUUGUAAAAAUUCAAACUAAUUAUUUGUGUGAACAUUUUAAAGAAAUUAUUUCAGGCUUUAAAUAUGUUUUACUUGACCAAAUUUCUAAGGAAGGAAAGAAAAACACAUAGGUGGAUAAAAAGAAGGAAACAAUAAGGAAUAGGAAGAAUUAAGGUAGGAAAGAAAAAAGAAAUGAGAAACAAAAUUAACACUCGGUUUGGUUAGAGUAGUCGACUUUAAAAUGAUUAUUCUUAUUCCUCUGUAAUCUUGCCACAUUCUUGAGGGGGUUAAAAAUGUGGUGAGAUUACAACACCCUAAAAUCAUUAAAAAUAAAUCCAAAUUAUUUUUAAAAAUGCUGUUUUCCCUCUAAUCACCAAUAUUGAUGAGUUUUUGAACACUCGUUCUGCAAAACCGCUGAUAUAAAAAUAUAGAUUUUUCAAACAUGUUAACGUGUAUAAAAUGUACAUUAACGAUGUUACUCACACCUUCACCUUUUUACAAUCCACAAUAUGGAGUCUGACACUCUAAUAACAAACUGCACUGACUUAAAGCUCGUGUUAGUUUUGCGAUGAGUCGGUAACACUGAGGUUACAGAGAUCCUGUUUAUGUGAAUUCUGGAGGAGUGCGAUAUUUUAGUAAAUGUACAUUAUUAAUUGUUCUGAAUCCGCUUGAGCCUUAAUUAGAUUCACUGUGAAAGUCUGUAGUGUGCGAUUAACCCUUUACAUUUAGCUUCUUACCCCGUAACUGCAGUGAAACGAGAUGUGCAUUGUCUGCUCAAGGAAGUUUACGGGGUUAAUGUGAACUUGUGCUUCACUUGUCAUAGGGUUCCCGAACAAAUUAAAAAAAACAUUGUGAUUAUAUUUUCUUGGACCUGUAGAUAAAUGUGAAGUUCUUAUUUUCUCUUAUUUCAUGUAACUAAU